CAGGCCCCACGCUCUUUCUCUUCUUGCACAUACACCAACUCUCUCUCUUUCUUUCUUUCAUUUAAAUUUCUGAUUUCUCUCACUCUCGCGUUUCAUCGAACAACUUCAUGGCUCUUAAACAUCACGUCUCCGACCCAAAUGGAUGUUUUUGCCUUCUCCUCCUCGUCCUGGCUCUUCCGUUUACGGCGGCGCAGACCACUCCUGACCCGCGGACCGACCCUUAUGCCAACAUGCGGUUCAGUCCAGCUAUGGCCAUAAUUAUUGUGGUUCUAAUUGCUGCGCUUUUCUUCAUGGGGUUCUUCUCCAUCUAUAUUCGUAACUGCUCGAAUGACGCGAACGGUGCCAGCGUGCGUCCGGUAAGUGGAAGCCAGCGGACACGGCGCGCGGCAGCGCGUGGGCUUGACGUUUCGGUGAUCGAGACUUUCCCGACUUUCGUUUACUCUGAAGUUAAGGCGUUGAAGAUUGGGAAAGGCGCCCUGGAGUGUGCUGUGUGUUUGUGUGAGUUUGAAGACGACGAAAGGCUGCGAUUAAUUCCCAAAUGCGAUCAUGUCUUUCAUCCUGAGUGUAUCGAUGCGUGGCUCGGUUCUCACACCACGUGUCCUGUUUGUCGAGCGAAUUUGGUCCCGCAACCCGGCGAGCCAGUCCCUCAAGUUGGUGAGGUGCAGUCACACAACGAACCAGACCUCGAGGCUCAAAAUGACGUCGCAGCUUCGGAACGGGAAGACACGAACGGAAGCGGAGAAACACCACUAACACAACCGCCGGAACCCGAAGUUAUCAGCAUAAACCGAAUGUUGAACAGGAACCGUACACGUGGCUCCAGAUCUAACAGGCCGCGUAAGUUUCCGAGGUCACAUUCAACCGGGCAUUCUCUGUCUGUGGUGCAACCUGGUGAAGACACAGAGCGGUUUACUUUGAGACUACCGGUUGAUGUGAGGAAGCAGAUAAUGACCCGGGAGCUAAACCGCGCUAAUAGCUUGGUGAGUUUGCCUCGGGAGAGUAGUUCGAGGAGAGGCUAUCGAACCGGAGGCGGUGAAGGUAGCAGUGGAGGGAGGAACAGCCGGUGGAUUGACCGGAUGGAUCGGUCAUUUAAAUCGGACCGGUGGGCGUUUAGCAUGGCGCCACCGUUUUUUACAAGAGCUCCUUCAGUUCGGUCAACAAAAGUGGCUGCAAAUGAUGACAAUGAAAAUGCGGACGGUCCGGACGCUUCAUCGACUCAACCGAGUCGCCCUCCGGUUUAAUGGUUUCUUUUCUCUAUUUUUUUUUUUGGUUUUUUAUUUUAUAUUUCUACGACCAAUUUUACUAUGUAGAUUACAUGAAUUGUCGAUAGUUUUUUCUUUUUAAUAUUUUUUUUUAAUUUUUAAUUUUAUUUGUUGGACUAGUGUAUGUAAAAUGAAAUCACGAGAGACCAAUUCUCGGUUGAGGAAAUCAUAACUGUUACCCUAGUAGUUUAUGGGCAA